AUGAAGACGGUGGCCGAAAAUUUGCACAAGAAGGAUAAGGACUAUCAGCCGCUCGUCGACGAGGCCAAAACAUGGUACGAACGAUGCGACCCGGCGGCAAACGCCACCAUAGACUACAAGAAGACCAGCGCCGAACUCCUCGCCGAUGUCACCGAAGAUACCAAGAAGGCCUACUGGGACGAUCGCAAAGAAAGCGAGAUCACCGACAAGGUGGAGAAAGAGUUGCAGAUGCUUAUCAUCCGCUGCUCGCCCGUAACCUCGUCGCGCCUCUAUAUCUUCGCAGUUCUUGUGAUGCUGCUGGCCAUCGCAUCCGCCGUCGUCUCGUGCUUCGGCCUGAAAAAGGAGACUCAAUUUAUUUGGCACAUUCCGGUGCUCGCCUUUACCGUGGUGAUGUUCUGCAUCUCCGGCUUUGCCAUCUACCAGGCCACCAUCUAUCGCACAUGGAGCCGCUCGGUCAUAACGUGCGGCCCAGUCAUCUACGCCAUCUACGCGGGCCUGAUCGUCGCCUACAUCGUGCACACCUUCCAGGAGAAGGCGCGCCGCGAGGGCCAUGGUGCUAAAAAUGCCCAUUUUCACACGCUCUACCCGCUCGGUGGCGCCAUGUGUAUUUGUGUCAAGGUGCUACUCGGCUGCUCGCACGGGUGGACGAUCACCCUGUUCCUCAUCGUGGCCGUCGUUGCCCUCAUCUCCAGCUACAGCCUCAAAUCCAUACAAGGCCCGUGUGGUUGCGCGUAUGCUCUUCUUAGCAUCCAGGACACAGCAAUUGCCAAGCAGUACGAGGCUGAUCGCGAGUUUUGGGACACGGCCUGCAAGGAGUUCAGCGCCGACAGCGAGGCCGUCCAAACCGACCAGACGGACGCAUUCAAAAAUUGGCUCGCACGUGUCAACAUGUUGAUGCUGACCCUGUUCGGCACGGCUUGGAUGGUGCUGCGCAUCGCCGGUGAUGCGAGCAGUCUUGCUGCCAGGACACUGUCCGGCCAAGUCGUCAGCUCGUUCAUCUACCUCGUGCUCACCAUCGGCUUCUGCUACUACGCGUCGGCCAACGAUGAGGGUCGACUAACAGCCAGGCCCAAGCCCCCAAUAAGGACGUCGUCGCCACGCCGACUAUCGUGGCCGCGAUUUAGGGGCACCGCCCGCAUCGGCAGCCCAACAGCUACAACAACAUCAAGAAAAAAAAUCGAAAAUAACGACCGGAACCAGGAACAC